UGCUCAACAGAACUAAUAGGCUGCUCUUUUCCUGUGUGUGAGUGUGUGGCAACCAUUCACUGCAGUGGAGCUGUGGAAAAUAUCCCACGGUAACUCAUUGGCAUCACUGCUUAUGUCGUGGAUGAGCUGGAGAGGGUUUCGAUCUGAACCAACUGUUGCAGGUUUGCAGCAGACAUGCCAACCAGAGUGAGAUUCCUCUUUUUCUCACUGAUGUGCUUCACUGUGAAAGCUCAGCCAUCGAGUAAUCUGAUAUGCUAUGUUGACUAUCCACAAACAAUGAACUGCACGUGGACAGAAACAAGAAAUGACAGCCAUGUUACACUGGAAAUCCGCAGUUCUGCAACGAAAGAAAUCAAAAAUCAAUGUACAAUGUCAAGACUGCAGGCUACGUUGGAGGAGGGAAGGCUUCAUGCUUACUUUUGCACAAUGUGUGUUAGCACAUUUAUGCAACAGUAUGAUCUCAUUGUUACAACAAGCAGCCAAGCCAAUGUUUCUGUUGUCAACGACUUCAAUCCUGGUCAUCACAUCCAGCUGAAGGCACCUUACCACUUAUCUGUGACAAAGAACUCCACUGCCCAGAUUGUUAACAUCUCAUGGAAGAUCGAUGAUGGACGUUAUCUCAAAGGUUGUCUGCAAUAUGAACUGCAAUACUGGACCAAAGAGACAAGAGAGGAUGCAAAGGUGAAAAAGGUGCUGAACGAUAUCCGACAUUUGGUCAUUCAGAAAUCUGAACUGAAGCCAGACUCUGAGUAUAGAGUUCGAGUUCAUGGAAAACCCUGCGAAGACCAAUAUUAUCGGGGAACCUGGAGCAAAUGGAGUGCAGAACUAAAAUGGAAAACUGAUCCUGCUUCAAGACUGUCACAAAAAAACAACUUGCUGUUCGUUGUGUUUGUUCCACUCCUGUUGGCAAUCUUCAUUUUCAUGUCCCUGUACUUCAAGCUGCCAUCGCGUGUUGUCAGUAAAGUGUGGGUUCACAUUCCCAACCCAGCCUCCUACUUCCAGCCUCUCUACAAUCAACACAACGGAAACUUCAAGGAAUGGAUCCGCAAAAAUCAUGUUGGCGACCGGUGUAACAGAAGAGAGGAAUCAUGCCAGGAGCUGAGGAAGGUGAAGAAACUGCCUGACAACAUGACUGCUACAGUUAUCCUGAACCCCUGGGAUGAAGCUGUUUCUAACAUCUCCUGUCUGAAGCCCAUCCCAGUCAACCACAACUUGCCCUUUGACUUGGAGACCAAAAGUAACCUUCAGACUGAGUCUGACAACCCCUUUCACCACACUCGGUUGCUGGAUUAUUGCAACAGUGAGUCUGUGCUGCGUGGGUUUCUCCCCCUCAUGGUGCAGGAGGACAGCUGGGCACUGUGCCAGGAACCAUCUCUGGACAUCUUCCUGGGCACUGCGCCACAGGAGGAGGAAGGAGGUUACAGCUACAACGACGAGUAUUGCACCCUGGGUCAUUCUGACACCAGCUGUGGCCUGGUCCCAGCAAAGAUCGGGCUCCAGGUCAAAGUAGCCAACAAGCACCAGGAAGACAAAAGGGAAAUACUGGAGUACUUGCCCAUGACUGAUGGCGACAGCAUUCCACUUUCAGAUUGCCCAGCAGCAUCCCGAAAUUCACAGUUUCCUCAGGAAGCCUGUGUUAGUGGACCCUGUGAAACCCCACUUCAGGGUCAGUCCCCAGCUGAACCCUCAGAGUCACCAUUAAACAGUGAUGGAUUGUCCCUCACACUCGGCACCCUUGUCAGACCUGCUGUGCGAUCCAUGAGCUCCUCUCUGUGACUUUGAUGUGACUGUCACAGUUGCAAUAUCCUAUCAAAGUGAAGAGACUUUGAAUUAUGCCCAACAUGGAUAAAGGAGGGGCACCUAUCUGAUAAAUGACUGGAAGGAGGAGAUUCUCUGGCUGUCGGGAUGUGUCAUGAGAGCAUUUGAUGAGCAUUAAUUAGCAGCUAAUGCAAAUAGCUCAGUAUAUGAACCAGGGACUUCAUUGUUGGCUAAUAAGCAAAACUAGAGCGCACAAUAUUGGUGUUAAAGAGUUGGUGUGAAUUGAUGAUGCAUGAAUGGACAGAAAAUAAGGGAGUAGAAUAAACAAGGGCUUUUGAGUUAGAAGUCUGUGCACAGUGAAGUGUCACAAAGAUUGACACUGGCACCCUGGCUGAUCACAGUCUCUCAACUGUUUAGAUGAGGGCACAAAGCACAAUGCAUCCAAUUUGUUGAUGAUGCAAAGCUGGACACCAAUGUGGGUAUGUGACAUAGGACCCCAGUGAGAAUACGUCUGGAAUAUUACAUUUAUGAAAACUCAUCAAGGAUAAACUUGCCACAAAGUGCUGCGACGAAUGACUAGCUUGAUUCCUGGGAUGGCCAAUUUGUUGCUUGGGGAGAGAUUAAGUAAACUGGAUCUCUACCCUUUGGAAUUUUGGAAAACGAGAGGUGAUCCCAUUGAAGUAUACACAAUUCCUUUCCAGCCUUGCAGGGUAGGUGCAGGGAUGAUGGGUCUGAAACCAAAGGCCGGUUGGCAAAUUAAGAAAUUUACCAUUAAGGACAAAGAUGUGAAGAAUAUUCUUCAUCAGAGAGUUUUGAAUCUUUGAUGCUCACUAACAAUGUUGGCUGUGGGGAUUCAUUCACAGAAGGUACUUAAGUCAGAAUUUGAUAGUUGAGUUAUAUUAAGAGAAGGAUAUGGGGUUAAUGCAGGAAAGUGGUACUGAGUUAAAGUAUCAGACAUCAUUGUAUUGAAUGACAGGGCAUGGAAGAGGGAAGAAUAUCUCUAAUUAGCUACAUCUAGAUUGAAUUGCUGGUAUUCGCAAGAUGAUAAUUUUGCUUUAAUGUCUGUAAACGAUAUAAAAUAUUGAUUGCUGCUAAUUGUUUAUCACUUAAU